CAAACAAGCAAUGGCGAUGUUUAACUCCACCGGACCCCGUCACCGCUCGUUCAAAGAGCCGCAGGCGGGUUUCUGAGGAGGCUGCUGGGCCGGUGGGACCCUCGAGAUCUGUCGCAAUUGUUUCAGCGCAAAACUUUCGAUAUUGUCAUGAUGACGGGCGAGUGUGAAGCGCGACGGCUGCACUGCGCAUGCGCACUGGAGUCCGCCUGGCCAAUUUCUCAGUACUCGUGGGAGAAUUUGGAUUAGCUGUGUGCGGGUGUGAUGGAGUCGUCAGGCCCAAGCACAGCCACUCCAGAGUUUGAUGUGUACGGGGCGAUGGACUGGAAGGACGGAGUGGGAACACUGCCUGGCAGCGAACUCAAGUUCCGGGUGAAUGAGUUUGGGGUCCUGGAGGUCAUAACGGAUGAGAUGGAGGAGGAGAGGGGCAAGAAAGCUCAUGCCACCACCACAUGGAGCGUCCCCACUGCACAAGAGGCUCUCUCCGAGGGGCCGGUCCCAAAGAAGGAGACGUGGGCCCAGCGAGGCCUGGUGUGUGUCCGCUGUAACAGGAAGGGCUCGGUGGUGGACUUCCUGUCUAACGGGCUCCACUGCAGCGAGCGCUGUCUGCAGCAGGAGCAGCAAGAAGAGCUGAAGAGAGAAGGCUCCAGAACAAACGGAGAGGUGCUGGGGAGGAGGAGAUCCCGUCUGACCGAGGGGCUCGCUGAAGACAUGGACAGCUCGAUGGAGAUCCCCGAGGAGGAGGACGAUGAAGACUACGAAGAGAAAGAAAGCAGGCGACCGGCACGUGGGGCGACGAGAGGCCGCAGGAAACGCAGAGGAGACGCAGCGCUGCUCAGAUACACGGUUCCCUACGGAGGCAAGAAGAAGGCGUGGUGUUGGGCCUCGUACCUGGAGCAGGAGAGAGCCAUCGCUGCACCCAGUAAACUCUUCAAAGAGUAUCAGUCAUUUCCGCAGUGUAAGAAUGGCUUCAGGGUUGGCAUGAGACUGGAAGGUAUCGACUCUGAACACCCGUCCAUGUACUGCGUCCUCACCAUCGCUGAGGUGCUAGGACAUCGAAUCAGACUGCAUUUUGAUAAGUAUUCAGACUGCUAUGACUUCUGGGUAAAUUCCAACUCUCCUGACAUUCACCCAGUGGGAUGGUGCGAGAAAACCGGACACAAGUUGCAUCCACCGAAAGGGAUGAAGGAUGAAGAGUUCAGCUGGUCCUCCUACAUCAAGCUAAAUAAAAUACAGACAGCACCCAAAGCCCUGUUUCAGAACCAGAACAUGACGGUGACGCCGUCAGGGUUUAGGGUGGGAAUGAAACUGGAGGCCAUCGAUAAGAAGAAUCCCUCGUUCAUCUGUGUGGCCACGAUUACAGACAUGGUGGACAGUCGAUUCCUGGUGCACUUUGACAGCUGGGAUGAGAGUUAUGACUACUGGUGUGAUGCAACAAGUCCUUACAUCCAUCCGGUGGGCUGGUGUCAAGAGAACGGCAGGACCCUCACCACCCCUCCAGGAUACCCUGAUGUGAAGAACUUCUCCUGGGAGAAAUACUUGGCAGAGACCAACUCAUUACCAGCUCCUGCUCGAGCCUUCAAAGUGAAACCUCCUCACAGUUUCCAGCUCAAUAUGAAGUUGGAGGUGGUCGACAAGAGGAAUCCUGCUCUGAUCCGAGUGGCCACAGUGGUUCAUACGGAUGACCAUCGACUGCGGAUCCAUUUUGAUGGCUGGACAGAUGAAUAUGAUUACUGGACCGAUGCAGACAGCCCAGAUAUUCAUCCCGCCGGGUGGUGCGCCAAAACUGGGCACCCACUGCAGCCGCCCAUCACUCCUCAGGACAUGUUCGAGACGUCUGAGCAGGGUGGCUGUCCCACACCAGGCUGUAAGGGAGUGGGUCACAUCAAAGGAGCCCGCUACUCUGGACACCACAGUGCCGUGGGUUGCCCGUAUUCUGAUAUUAACCUGAACAAGGACUCGGUUCUGCCAGAUCGCUUGAGCGGAGAGAUGCCAGGAAGCGGAGUGGGUCGGCCACGCAGAGCAGAACCAAGUGCAGAGAUUUCAGCUGACGCUAAUGACGAACCCGUCACCUCUGCCCCAUCACACCCCGAGAAACCCAGCAUGGCAAGCGCUGCCAUGGAAACGCCACCAAAGAAGCCUGUCGGCACGGAGACCAAGCGAAGGGUUGGUCGACCCUGUAAAGUUCGGAAGGUGGAGGAGCUGCCACAGGAAGAGGAAGUGGAGAGUGAGGUGUCAUCAGUCACCGAAACCAAAGAGCUGACUCUACAGCAGGCUUUGCACCAGUCUGUAUUCAUGCCGUGUUCCAGCCCAUCUCCCAGCAUGCCUCACUGCUGGGAUCAGCACAGCAAGCUCCUUCCAACAGUGGCAGGCAUCACGGCCAGUAAAGUGGCAGCGUGGAGCGUGGAUGAGGUGAUCAAGUUUAUCCAAGGACUUCCAGGGUGCAAGGAGCAAGUGCGCACCUUCAGAGAGGAGCAAAUUGAUGGCGAGGCCUUCCUGUUAUUGACUCAGGUGGACCUGGUGAAGAUCCUCAGCAUUAAACUAGGCCCGGCUCUCAAAAUAUACAACUCUAUAUUAAUGUUUAAAACCACAGAAAACUCUGCCUGCAACGAACUCUGACCAGACAGACCGACAGCCAAGGGAGUUCACAUCUGCUUCAGUCAAAGGGCUCAUCAUGAAGAUUCAUACAGUACACACCACACUAUUAUGAAUGACGAUGUAGAUAAUUACCGAAUGAGCAGAUUAAACACAUUUAAUGACAUUCAGAAUUCUGACAUUCAGCAUCUCUGCGCUGUCAGUAAUAAUCAUAUUUUUACGCACUUAUUAAC